AUGAAUAAGAGUUCAGACUUUGACGAAGCGCUGAAGGUCACUCUUCGCGAGAGCGACUGUCUGCAGGUCGUCUGUGAUGGUAACCUUGCCGUGAUCGACCCGACCGAAAAGGGCGGGUCGAAUUUCUUCUAUCCCCUUGGCAACACGUCUGCUGUUUGCCUCACAGAGGAAUUGCUCCCCGAAUGCAAGGCGGAUGUGCUCCUCCUCGGCUGUGGAGACCCUAGGCACAUUUUAUACACGGUGUACGCUGAUACCUCGACGUCCAGUGCUCGAAACACGUUACUCUUUACCCUCUUAGCCGAUGAUGGGGCUGAAGAUAGACUUGCCACUAUCUGGAACAUAUUUUAUCACAUGAUGCUUGACGAAAACUCGCUCUCAUUGCUGAUCGAACAAUGUCGCAAGCUUGUUCCGCUUGCAGAAAGUCUGGAAUCGUGGAGACAAGGUCCUUAUGCGCACUUCGUCACCAUGUGCAACUCAGAUACGCUUUCGGAGAUAGGUCGAUUCUGGAAACUUUGGCUCGGGACAUCGAACUUCAAUGCUAAGCAAGCUAAGUGGUUCAAAGGUAACUUUCAGGAUGGUAUCAAGAACGUGCGGAAGCCACACGAAGACGGCCUUGUAAUGACUUCUAUGCGUUCAGCGGGGCCCCUUGGCCCACUAACAUUGUUCGCUGUUACAGAACAGUUCAAGCGUUUUUGGACGACCGGUGUCACGGAUGACGGGUCCCCAGACGUGAAACCAGCGAACAACCCCAAUCCUACUUUUGCUUUCUCCUUGUUCGGAAACGAGUUCGCUGUGCACUAUGGUACAGACCCCAUUUCGGGUUUUCAUCUUGCAGAAGCUCUAGCAUCUGCUGGUCUUGAAUUGUCUACGAAGUCACCAUCGGUAAUCCACACAAUCGUGCGGACUGCGCGCCAGCAAUUUGGUACCUGGUGCAAGGCUGUCAUACGCCGUGUCCAGAACACAAGUGUGUCCUCAGCAUCCUUGGUAGUGCGGAUGUAUGCUGGAGAGGCACUUGCGUUUUGUCAGGCACUUCACUCCGUUAACAGGCCUUCCGUGGCGCACACACCGAUAUUCAUCGCGCCGUGGAAGCGAUCAGUGGUACAGCUCGAUGACGCGUCAUACUCUCCAAGCACUCCAUCUCCCGCUCCGACUUCCUUCAAUGUCAUUGAGACCUCUAAUCUUCUUGAUCAUCUUGGAUUGCAAAACCUGCUCACCGUCACUACUCCUCUCCUCUCCAACUCACCCUCGUCAACAAUUUACACUGAAGCCCUACUGCCUGCAGGUGAUUCACCUGCCCAAGGUAUCCUAGACCACUUGUGUGGGGACCUCUCUACCAUCUCGCUACUUUUAGGCGUCAUCCCUUCCGCCUAUAUAUCCCGUUUCACCACACGUUCCAACACCUCCGAGACCAUGAUGCAGUCUAUUGCAAACUCUUCUGCAAACCAAUAUCAUGAACGCCUUGCUUGGAAGCAUAUCAAUUUUGGUCAUCUCUCCGACAGUUUACAUGGAGGCGAACUUUCGUUUGCCCCACACCAAUUGGCCGGAGAGUUGUUCGACAUAUACUUGAAGAUGUUCUCCGAUGAGGAUCUUAGAAAACGGAUGGCCAUCCUGUCCCUUGGUAAAUCUCAGUUGAUGCAGAAGAUACGGUUCUCAGGGAUUAUCCAUUAUACGCGCCGCAGCUUUGCCUUGUUGCUCGCACAUAUCAGGACAAGAGUCCGCUACGACUGGAACAAAGUCAUCAAUGAUCUAGAGGUAUUAAUUCUGCAGGACCAUACACUUCUCACCGGGUCGAACUUCUAUCAAGAAAUGGUCUGUCAACUACACCUCGCAGGUUUCUGGCUUCCCUGGCUUAGCCCUGCGGAAGUACGGGAACUUCGCUCUCAUGAAAACCCUCCCAUUUUCAGGUCGUGGAGCACGGUCCCUGAAGUCGUAACAGUUGUGCUGGUGGUUCCACGUUACGCCAUCGCCAAAGUACAAUCCGACCUUUCAAAUGCUGGCACGCCUAUUUUGCAAUGUGAAAUACGAGCCGAUUUUAAGCACAAUGCCUUCGCAUGUAUUUCUGCUUCAUUCGGUAAGCUUGAGGUAUCAGGCGAGGGGGAGAAUAAGGUGGCAGUCGUCGUCGAGGACAGGGCGGGCAUCAGUGGCACAUCGCCAUUAAUUGUCUCCUUCCCUGUUCUUUCUACCACUCUCAUCCACACGUCUGGCGGAACUGUUGGCCUGGCGGUACGCUCCACCUUGGGACCUGCGGCGGCUUUGGCGCAAAAAUUGGGGCUAGAAAUGUGCCUGUUCAAAGCUCUUCUGACCGAUGAACGAUAUGCCCAUGUUCUGACAAGGGCACCAACAGCCAGCGAAAGCACGGUCAACUCGGAGUUCCCGCUUGUACCUCCUAAAUUGGACACGAUGACUCGGGGACAUCCAAUCCACGUGGAAAUGGAUGAGUCCAAUACACAUAUUCAGUCGCUCACUGCACACGUCGACGUCGUAGAUCCUGCAGGACAGGCAUCACUUUCUAGUGGUUGCACAGUCACCGUGGAACAGGUGUCUCUCAACAAAGCCAAGCUAUGCGUCGACCAAUACCAACAUAUCAUCUCCUUCCCUCUCCCCAUUGACGCAACAAAUGCCAAGCUUCGCAUAGCACGGAGAUCGAAAUACGUCGAGGUAGUUGCGCCAAUGACACUGACACUCAACUUCAAGGGAGAAUCUAACGUGGCGAGGAAUUUCAGAACGACCUUUGAUUGUGGCGUACCAACGCUCUGGAGUAUGCACCGCAUGAAUUUGGAUCAUUGUCCAUCCUUCAAACCCUCCAGGAGUCACAAAGCAUUCGACUGGCUUGGACCGCAUGUCGGACUUAUGUUUUCGCAAAGAGAGCGCAUAGCGCGUAACCGGAACACGUUCCCCGGAUCUACUACGCCUGACACAAUGAUGAAUUUGAAGGACUCUCUUCACACUCUUCUCAUUUCUGCCACAGGAUUGCAAGGGCCCAUUCACACUGAGUUCGCCUUGUGGAGCCCUGUCGAGAACGAAUCCUACGCAACGAUUCUUGUUACCGAUGUCCGACUUGAUAUUGGCUCCCACACGGUCGUAGCUGAUUCGUGGAUUAUACCUGGAUCGAAUGAUAUUCAGGACAAAUUGAAGAGAGAGAUAACACAGGUACUUUCCAUCAAAACAGAUGCCCACGAAUCCGAAGCAUGGAGACAUUUGCUUCCUCUGUUAAUCGAGCGGUGCCGUACUUGGAAGCACAAGCCAAGUUGCGAGUACCUCGUGCCGUGGUGCUCUUGCGGGAUGGGCAUCGGGACGAAAGUGUUAAGGGAACGGUAUGGCAGCGUCUCUGCCAAAUACGCGACGAGGGCAGCAAUUAGUCCCUUAUUCGCCGUCUCGUACAUGGAGAAGGUAGGAAUGAAGAUGGACGACCCAGUUGGGCCUCCCGCCUUGACAGGGUGUGCGGCGUGCGGAAAAGGGGGCAUUUCGUUGUCUGCGUGCUCCAGGUGCAGGAAGGUCAAGUACUGUUCGAAAGAUUGUCAAGUAAAGGAUUGGAAAACGCACAAGACGAGCUGUGUGUCAACGUGAGCUAUGAUAGCACUGGUAUUCCCAUGUCAACUGUUAUGUUUAUGCCAGUCCAUUCAUCCAUAAUACCUCAGGGUUCCAGUACUUUUGGUUCCAUACUAUGUGCCGCCUUUUUCUUUCAGACUUACUACCUUGCUGUCAUGACUCGCUGUCAGAUGUUGUGUGCUGGUACUUUCCGAAUCUGAGGUAUGAAGUAAUAGUAUGGACUUAAAUCUCAUCGUUGUUUCUGUCAGCCGUCCUCGACGGUAGUGCCCAGAUCUUCUCACUUUUGGGUAUCGCCGCGUUGUGUACGCAU